UUUCAUUCUCGGUUUUUCCACAUGUACUCGAUCGGGAAAAAAUCUUUCCGUGAACGAUUAAUGGAAGUCAAUCUAGCGAGAUGAUAAGGAUUCGCGAUUUCAUGCACCUACGGUGGAAUAGAAGCGUCGAAGCGAGGUGGAAUAGCGAAAUUGGUAAACCGGAAUAGGAUAUCUUGAAUAUAUUAUUCGCGCUGACAGUUGAACGUAGGAUUCCUGCGGAUUUGUUUGUCCGUUUUUCACGGCACACUCGGUCGCGGUUCGCCUCGCGUUAUCGUCUUUUGUUUUCUUGCGGUCGUAGCGUUCGCGGUCAGCGAUGAGGAGAGCAUGGUCCGUUUUUUUCUGAACGACGACGUUCUGUGCUGGUGAAUCGAAAUCGGAGUUUCGUGAAAAUGAAGCUGAUUCCGGUCGUUUAUUUCGGUUUUACCGGGAUGGACUGUCGGUUCUCGUCGCCCAUGCUGCCUUGGAUUGUGUCGGAGAUAAGAAAGAGGGAUUUCUGCGAGAAGCUCAGCCUUGGAGUUGAAUAUGGUACCCUUCAAGCCUACAAUCAAGAUUUUGAACUGCAAUUCUCGCACAAGAUCAGCCAGAUGAUAAGAUUCUCGCAAGCAGAUGUUGAUGCAGCUACUUUUCUUUAUAUACUGAAGGAUGACAACGAGAAACUUUUGUACUGUUACAUGUAUCAAGCCCAGAGCCCUAAAGAUGUAGCGGAACUCUACAAACAAAUGAACGAACAAACAAACAUCCACACAACAAGGUCGCUGAGCAGCACCAACCUCACCUCCUUGUGUACAGACAUUUCUCCGAGCUUAAGCAAUUUUUUCGAAGUACUCUAUGUCGGAAAUAGGCGGAUAGAAGAUAAGAACGUUCCCGAAACGUUCAUUGAUGAUUCUAUUGAAAAAUUUAGGGACCAUGACAGGGAGAAAAAGCAGAAGAGGUUGUUGGCCAAUAUUGGCCGACUGAAGAGCGAGGAUCUUUUGAUGAGAAGAGGAUCUGCUGAUUCAGCAGCUAGCGAAACCAGCUCAUCAGAUAGCAUAGUUUUUCAGCCUCUUCAACGUUCUAUAUCAUCGGCUUCAAAUUUAGGGGGUAGAACUCCUGAGAUUCAAUCGGCGGAUGAAUAUUACGAUUCAGAGAGCAAAUCAGGAAUAGAGGAUAUAAGUCAUAAGGGAGAACAGAAAGACGACGAUGAUCAGAAUCGAACCAUGCUAUUGCAGGUGGAUAAAACAGAUCUGAGAUUGAUAAGUCCGGACAGGAAGAAAAUUCUCAUGCACAAAAGCCACAAGGAGAGUGUUUGCUGUCUUCAGGGUUUAAUAAACAAGGAUCAUUUUUGUUUCAUCUGUAAGGAAACUAAGAAGACUCAUGGAUACAUAGGAUAUUUUUUUAGAUGUAAAUCGGAUGCGAUUACAAGCGACACAGUAGCAGCCAUAAACCAGGCAUUCACAACUGCUGAAUCUAGACCCAAAACAACCAUAAUCUCCUGCGAUCACUGCCCAAUGGUUUGGUUCCACAAACUCUGUACAGAAAUAGAAAACUUAUCCGAUAAGAAAACGCAAGCUGCCAUUCUUCGAAAGAUAGAACAGUUCGAUGAAGAGGAACAAAAGAUUAUAAUGAUGAAAUUCGGCGGAGCUGAAACAAAUUCCAUAGUUGAACAGAACGAGUUCUUGAUGAUGCUGUUGAGGACUCACUGCGAAAUGAAGCAAGCAAGACAUGUCCACGACUCUGCAGAAAAUAGGUCAGAGUUCUUGAACCAGUAUCUAGGUGGAAGUGCCAUAUUCACCAAGGCUAAGAGGUCUAUUAGCAAUUCCUUCGAAAUGCUCAAGAAAAGAGCAAGUAGAGACGAUUUCAGUGCUACGUUGAGAGAGAUGAAACUUCCUCUAAACAGGGAAUCCUCCCCUUAUUCCCCGUCGAAAACCUCUGCUCAAGAUCUAUCAGAUAGAGACUCAGAGGGAAUGAGGUCAAGGUCUUCAACUAUCGGGUCUCAGCAAGACAGUGAGUUCCACUUAUCAACAAACAAGAAUUCUCCUGAGAAGCAGACUGACAAAUCGGUCAAAUCUCCAAUGAUGGACAUCUUCUUCAAGGUCGGUUCUCCUAAAUCGAACAAAGACGAACCAUCCCCGAAAAACUUGGACGGUUCUUGGCGUCAAGCGAUAUUCAAGAAGGUCGUGAGCCCGAACAAAAAAGAAGACGAAUUGCAUGUGAAGAAAACAAGGGAAGAAUUGAGGGAGCUUUGGAAGAAGGCUAUUCAUCAGGCGAUCUUACUGGUGCGCAUGGAGAAGGAGAAUGCAACACUCAGAGCAAAACAAGAAGAGUCUGCUGUGAAAAGAAUAAAACUAGAGUACGACGAGAUGAAACCAAACGAAAGGGAAGUGUCACAAGUUUGGGAUUUGAUGAUAAAUAAGGAUAGCGGAAAGAAGGUAGACAAGGCCAUUCUUUACAACUCCAUACGACAAGGUAUACCAAGAGGAAAACGUGGUGAAGCUUGGCAAUUCCUCGCCUAUCAGUUCUGCAUGACAAACCCUCCAAUAGAUACUUCUCUAAUUCCCCACUACGAUACACCAUACGAAACACUGCUGAAAGAAUUGACGUUACAUCAACACGCCAUCUUGAUCGAUCUUGGUAGAACUUUUCCAAAUCAUUCUUACUUCAGCAGUCCAUUGGGACCUGGACAGUUAGCUUUGUUCAAUUUGCUUAAGGCUUAUUCUCUUUUGGACCCAGAAGUAGGAUACUGUCAAGGUCUAAGCUUCGUUGUAGGUGUUCUUCUUUUACAUAUGGAAGAGGCCCAAGCCUUCUUUCUGCUCAGACAUCUGAUGUUUAGGAGGGAUUUGAGGAAACAAUACCUCCCAGACAUGACAGGACUUCAAAUCAGACUCUUCCAACUCUCCAGACUGAUCCACGACAAAUUACCAGAGUUGUAUGAACAUUUCAAUAACUAUGAUAUAUCGCCAACCUUAUAUGCAGCUCCCUGGAUCCUAACUAUAUUUGCUUCGCAGUUUCCCUUAGGAUUUGUCACGAGAGUUUUUGAUCUCUUAUUCAUGGAGGGGCUAGAUGUUGUCUUCAAUGUGGCUCUGGCUCUACUAACACUCCACAAAGAUAACUUGCUGAAAUGCUCAAGUUUCGAAGAAAUCAUGGAUUAUUUGAAAAUAACACUCACCCAAGUUGACAAGCCGAUGCUGGAGAAAAUUAUGAAGAUGGUGUACAUAACCGACAUCACGAAGCAACUCUUCGAAUACAAGGUCGAAUACCACGUGCUCCAAGAGGAAAUGAUGGCAGUACAACCUCAAGUGGAUCAAGUGCAUAAAUUAGAUCUGGAGAACAAACGACUGAGAGAGCAGAACAAAAAACUUCAAGCCCAGUUGGACCAAGUGAUGGCCAACUACCAAGGACUUGAGACGAUGAGAAAAGUUCAACAGUCUGAGCUCAAUAAGCAGGAUGUUGAAAAAAGAGGUCUAGAAGUAACCAUCACCACUCUGGGACACUUCAUCAACGACCUGAUCGAAGAGAAGAAACUAACAGAGAUCCCUGGAGACGUGAGGAGAAUAGUUUCCGAAAUAAUCUUCUUAGAGAAGAAGAAGCAUGGAAAUCUACCACAGAGGUCUCGCAACGCACCGCCAAACAAGCCAUUGAUAAAGUCCCAAAGUACUGGAAGAAUACAACUGAGCACCAACAACCAUCUCGAAGAAUUACGUUUCAACAGUUUGAACCUUCAAACAAGGGACGAUUUACAGAGAAACGUACAAAGGACUUCCAAUUUCUUCUCGAACCAACACAACAACAUACUGAAACAAAAACUGUUCCACACCGUUUCGCCGAAUUUGAGCAACAUCGACUUGACCAUACAAGAAACGGACAAUGAAGAGAACGAAAGGAAUAACAACUUGAACGAUGUAAACACCAUAUUGAUAUCGAAUGCACCGAAUAGUCCAAACAAUAACACCCCAUCUCUUAUAAUACCUACGGAAGUUCUGGAGGAGACAACUUCAGACACAACCAAAAAACUGGAUAACCACCCUUUGAGCAACUGUGAUGUAGCCUUCACAUUCAGCGGUACUAGGGAAUUGAAACACAUCAAAAAUAACAAAUCUCUCUCGAGGAAUUCCAGCCCUAACUUGAUCAAUUCACAAUGAUCGAAGUGGUGGUUUAGCAGAAAUCGCCUCAAAGGUGCUUAGGAUAAGCAGACUCUUCUGAAACAGGCUGAAACUUUUGUUUUGAUCAGGACAGGCGACGUUUUGGAUUAAGAGGAAAAUUUAGAUUCGCUGCAUGGGGAAAGAUUGGUGCUGAUCUCUUCCUUGCUUUUUAUCCCAAUCUCACAUUCUCAUCUGAAGCUGCUUUUAUUGCUAUAAAUUAUAUAAAUCCUACCCGUUAUUUGCCGAUAGUUUAACGAUUGAGAACAUUUCAAGCAGCUCUUCGAAAUAACAUCAUGAAAAUAGGAAACCCAAAGUUUCAUCAGCACCAUAAGCAAGAUUAGAAUUAAGAAGAAUCUAGGCACAGAGUUUAGAAUUCUCUUAAAUUCGCACAUUAUCCGAGUACAAUCCCAGUGAAUUUAGUGAAUACUUGGUCAGUGACUUAAUGACUGAUUCACAGUUUUAGUGGAUUAGACAUACACUUCAAAGAAGAUUUUCUUUUGGUAAUGAUUGUAUAUGUCAAAUGAAAAAAUAUAUGAGGAUUACAUCACAUAUUUACUGUAAAUAUAUUAAUUAUAAUAAUGACAAGGAUAUAUCUAUAAUUGCUGUAUGUAUACUUAUUUUCAAUUCUGGAUAUUUUUAUAUCCGCAUAGAGCUGAAUAGUUCCAUUCUUGUGUGAUAAUAUUUUGUAAUAUAUGGAUUCAAUAAAUCGACUAUGGUA